AUGUCUCUAUUACGCUGUGUCAUUCUCGUCGCGCUACCCGGUAUUCUCGGCUAUUCGCUACGAGAUGACGUCCGAUUAUUUGACGACGUCGUCGAGACUGAAGCUGAAGCGCUACGUCGAAUGCGACGCAGUGUGUCUGUGGCGACGGACGGUCGACGUCGAUUGAUGGGUCUCACUGAGGAGGAACAUAACACUGUACAGUAUUAUUUAGAUAAGCUGCGGCAGUUAGGAAAACAACGUCACCCGGAGGGCGACGACAAGCAAGACGAGAAUAAUGAACUUGCCAAAUGGCGGAAAAGGAUGCGAGGUGAUAUCGAAGGAGAGUUGUUGAAUCCAGAAGAACAUGGACGCCAUUUUGAAGGGGAUAUCAUUCUGUUUCCUGAACAGGCGAAAGAAAUCUAUGAGAACGCUUUGAAAGCGGGGAAUAGACGGGUGAAGCGAAAAUUUAUUGGUUCAAACUUGCGACGUUGGGAUCCAACGCGACCUAUUAUUUAUAGCUUUGACGGGUCUCAUACAUCUCGAGAACAACGUAUAAUCGAAUUAGCUUUGGAGCACUGGCACAACAUCACAUGCCUGAAUUUUGUCCGCAACGACAACGCAAACAGCGGAAAUCGCAUAGUUUUCACGGAUGUCGAUGGUUGUGCUAGUAAUGUAGGUAGACAUCCGCUUGGUGAGGAACAAUUAGUGUCGCUAGCGCCCGAAUGUAUUAGACUGGGUGUAAUUGCUCACGAGGUAGCACAUGCACUAGGAUUUUGGCACGAACAAUCACGACCAGAUCGUGAUCAAUUCGUGAACGUUCGAUGGGAGAACAUAGACAAGGAUUCUAAAGGACAGUUUCUGAAGGAGGACCCAGAUGACGUUGACAAUGCGGGUGUGCCAUACGAUUACGGUAGCAUUAUGCACUAUAGGAGCAAAGCAUUUUCUCGUUACGAUGAUCUCUAUACAAUCAGCACUUUCGUUACGGACUACCAAAAAACUAUUGGACAACGAGAUCAACUAUCAUUCAACGACAUUCGAUUAAUGAAUAAAGUCUACUGCAGUAAUGUAUGUGCACGGAAGUUGCCCUGUCAGCGUGGUGGCUAUACGGAUCCAAGGAGGUGUGAUCGAUGUCGCUGUCCUGAUGGAUUCACUGGUCAAUUCUGUGAGCAAGUAAUGCCGGGGUACGGUGCUAUUUGUGGCGGAAAAAUAAGUGUUAACAGCGGCUGGACAAAAUUCAGUAGUCCAGGAUAUCCGCGAGAAUUCAAAGAGGGACAGGAAUGCUCUUGGCUGCUUGUGGCUCCUCCAGGACAAGUAGUCGAAAUGCAGUUCAUUGGAGAGUUUGAGAUGUAUUGCAAGGUCAGGCAUUCCCUAUGCAUGGACUACGUUGAAGUUCGAAAUUCAACUGAUUUUGCCAACACUGGCAUGAGAUAUUGUUGUUAUGGUACGCCUAAUACGAGCAUUCGAUCUGCAACAACCGACCUUGUGGUCUUGUUCCGCAGUUUCUAUCGUGGUGGCCGUGGAUUUGAGGCACGAGCUCGGGCACUACCAGCAAAUGGUCAGUGGGCAUCGUGGAACGCAUGGACACCCUGCACAGCAAGUUGUGGAGCAUGCGGUUCACGGAUGCGGACACGUGUCUGUUACUAUGGAGCAUGCGCCGGUGAACCAGUGGAAACACAAGUCUGCAACACACAUAUCUGUAACGGACUAUGUGCACAAAAGAAAACGGAGGAUGGUGAAUGUAGCGGAUUCUUAUCAUUAUUACGAGGAGUCAGGUGCAAAAAAGAACGAACCGUAAUGGAACCAUGUGAUAACGCUUGUUGUCCAGGAUUUUCAAAUGUGGGUGGUCGCUGUGUGCGGGAAUUCGGAUUCGUAGUGCAAUAUGACGUAGGCGGUUGCGUAAAUAAUCGCGAAGCUUCUGAGGCAGUUCCCAUAGUUCUUCAGCAAACACCACAGCACGAGAAUGAAUUCACACGCAAAGGUAAACAUUAUGAAUUUGUUCUCAUUGAUUUCGAUUUUCCACAAAUGAUUAUCGAUGUCGUUUAG